UAAUUUCAUUAGAAAACUUCUUUGCAUUAGAUAUCUACAAUUUUCAAAAGCUGGGCUUUCAUAAAGAAUUUUUAUUUUGAAAUAAAGUUAAAUUAAUUAACUGUCACUGGAAUUUUCUGCAAAUGUAUUGUGGUCUCCUCUAAAGUUCCACACUCUCAUAUCUACUUGCUUUCAAGAGUAAGCAUCUGAUGUUUUCUAAUUAACCUAAACUGAAGAAUGAAGGUCUUAUGAAUCAAAAAGAAAGCAUUGGUAGUGAUGGUUAUAUUCAUAUACAAAACUAGGUUGGUGUGUGGCAGCUAGCAUUUGUGGUCGCCUCUCUACUUAUUAACUGUAAUCUAGUCAAAGAUGGAUUUAGUGAUCAUAGUACAGGCGAAGAGGUCAAACAGGCAAAACAAAUGCAAUUUAUCAUAUGGUUCUGAAGUUUAUCAGAUAAACCUAUAAAAUGGGUUAUCAGGACCAUACAUGUGGUGUAAUUCAGAACAUGUGUAUAUUUUAUAUAUAAAAAUGUAGGCGUUGGAACAGAGGAUACUACUGCCUUUUGUGAACUACACUGACAGUACAAGUAAUUUUUCUAUAAUCAUAGAAAGUAAAUACUAGAAAUAUAGUUUAUUUUAUACCAAUAUUCCCAUUCAGAAAUUGCAAAAAUGUCUUUUGCUAUCCAUUUGACACAUUUUUAUUUUUUCACUAGGUUUAAUAUCAAAUAAAAUAUUUAUUGACAUUCUUCUUGAUUUGAUUACUUUGAACCUUGGAACAAACAGCCUUCCUGAUGUAUGGAUGCGCCUCACAGUUUCAGAUUUACAAAAUCUGGCAACUACAUUAAUGGUGAACUCAGAAUUUAUUGAUUGGCGCAGAUUCUUAUUAACAGCAGCUCAACCAUGGCCAGUUCCCUCUGUGAUACAGCUCCUUAAUACCCUGCACAGCUUUAAGGCUGUUGAUGAAGCUGGAUCAGGCUUUGUUACACAGGAAUACUAUAAUCAGGUUGGUUUAUGGUUUAAAGGCAGUGAAGAUUUUAAAAUGCCAGAAAAUCCUACAGAGCCUUUGCCUUUUAAUAGACAGGAGCAUCUUAUAAUGUUUUUCUUUAUUUUAUUUGCUGAUGCCAGAAAAGAUCCCUCUCAACUUGACUACACUAAGAUGCUGCUUUAUUUUGCUUCACAUCCUGAUGCUGUUGAGGGAGUCUACCGAGCGCUUAGUAUUGCUACUGGAACAUACAUCCGUAGAAGAAAAGAGGUUUCUCCUCCACAUGUGUCUCUUUCCCACACUGAUAUGCUGAUAAAGGAGGAGCCUUUGGUGGAAAAAGGAGAAAUCUUGCACUGCACAGACGAAGGAAGAAUUUCUAUGGCAACUCUACAAAGAGUGUUCCAUCAUGAAGGAAGUAAAGCUGGUGACAACCAUAGAUUCAGUAGUCAGCAGAAGGCAGGCAGUAAUAAUAAGCAUUUCAGAAAAAUAUACGAGGAACUGGGCUCUGAGGAUCUGAAACCCAUUCCAGUUACCAUUCUUUUGAAGCAUCCUUUCAUUCAGGACUUGAUUAACAACUACCAGGGGUACAAACUUCCUGAUAUUAAAGUGAUUCUACAAAGAGAUGAACAGACACAAUCAACUGAUGGAGAAAUAUAUAAAGAUGUUAAAAUAUGAAAAAAAAUUAAACAGUAAGGGAGGUUUUUGUAGGAAUUAGGACUUGUGGUCUACUGAUGUGAGUAAGGAUUGCAGGUCAAGUCCUAUAAUAAUUAAGCAUAUUACAUGCUAUCUAUACUCUGCUUUAAAUAAAAGUGCAUUUGAUUAAAGAUGUUUGAUUAUUUCAGUAAAAUAUUCUGAUAAAUAAAAUGAAGCUGAUUUUUAGUUGUUGACUAGUAAUAUGUUCUUUAAUAAUUUUAUAGGAAUAGAACAUCUCCCAGUCCUAUGUGCAAAGUCAUCUUUUGUUAAUAUUGAUGGAAUAUAACACAAACAGUUGUUAAUUGUAUACAGCAUCUCAUAAUUUCUAGUUAAUAAACUAAUAAUGUAAAUGAAAACUGAAUUUUCUCUCAAUUAAAUGAGGACAAAUUACUGAAAAGCCAUAAUGUAUAUGAAAUUGUAAUACUUAUUAAUAUUAGCAGAGAUAUCUAACCCUUGUGUCCUAAUGUUUCAAUUUUUAACAUACCGUUUCUAGAUAAAUUCUAAUUACAACCUUUUAGAAUAUUUCCAAGCUAAUUUUCAAGUGCAAGAACACAGUGUGAGCAAUAGUAAAAUUUCUCUGUGAACUUUCAAAUAAUUGUCAUGCUAUAUGGAAUCAUUGAAUCAAAGUUCUUGAAGGGAAUCAUUUAUUAAAUAAUAAUAUAUAUUACAGGUAUGAAAGGACAAUCUUCUAGGCAACUCAGGUUCCGGCUUUGUUUACCUGGGAUGGUGCUCUAUCUGGCAUUCUAUACAGCAGAGAGCAGGGGUCGGCAACGUUUGGCACGCGGCUUGCCGGGGUAAGCACCUUGGCGGGCCGGGCCAGUUUUAUUUACCUGCUGACGC